ACGGUUACACUUUGAAGUCAGUUUCAAAAGAAAAAAGAAAACGACGGUCGAGAUUUUUCGCGUCGCGGAGGAACGCAACUCUGAUUUUCACAGAAGCGAAGGAAAUUGAACAAGUCUGCUGUUCGUGCGAUGCAAAAGCGAUAGGCGCCCCAUCGCUGUGCGUGAAGAGUGCGUAAGGUGGAGAUCCGGGAAAUUCGCAAAUCCUGCGCGAAAACGGGACGAAAAAGCGAGUGGCAGAUUUUUCUGUCUACCUACACAAACACAUAUACGUUGCUGCGCUGGUGUGGGUGUGUUGGCUGGUCCAUCGGAGCGCCGCAAACGAAAAAUUAAUUUGUGAAGUGUAAAAAAGCAGUUAAAUAAAUAAAUGUUUUUUAAAAAAGAUUUUUAAAAGUGAUGGGGAAUUAAAAAGAGCCGCGCCCCGUUUGCCAAACGUUAACUGACACUCACACAAACACUCGGUCAAAAACACACACACUCGCAGAGGGAGAGAGAAAGAGAGAUAGAGAGAGAGAAGAAGAGCGGAGAAGCAAAAAGAGAAAAGUUGUAUGACAGCAACAAAUAGUUUGUUAAUUGCACGGGUUUUUUACUGCUUAAAGUAAAUACGAUUAAAGUCCAAAUCUAAUCCUUCAGUUUGCUCUCCACUCCUUUUUUCGAACUCUUGUUUUCCCUGCCCCUUCGCCGUUUCAUUUGCAUUUCUUCUCUCUCCACCUCUCUUCCCCCUCCUGCGUGCGAAGAAGCAGCAGCAGCAAUUCUCCAGAUCCAGAAGAACAACAAAAAAUAGCAAAUCAAAAUGGCGCACCAGCAGCAACAACAACUGGCUCCAUCGGUCAACUGUUCACUGGACGAUAUCGAUCUGACGGCCCUAAAAGAUCCGGCUGGCAUCUUUGAGCUCAUCGAAGUUGUGGGCAAUGGCACCUACGGUCAGGUCUACAAGGGCCGCCACACGAAGACUGGUCAACUGGCUGCCAUAAAGGUGAUGGACGUCACCGAGGACGAGGAGGAGGAGAUCAAGCUGGAGAUCAACGUGCUGAAGAAGUACUCGAAUCACCGCAACAUCGCCACCUACUACGGGGCGUUCAUCAAGAAGUCGCCGCCGGGGAAGGACGACCAGCUCUGGCUGGUGAUGGAGUACUGCGGCGCCGGCUCGGUGACGGACCUGGUCAAGUCGACGAAGGGCCAGAGCCUCAAGGAGGAGUGGAUCGCCUACAUCUGCCGCGAGAUCCUGCGGGGCCUGAGCUACCUGCACUCGAACAAGGUCAUCCACCGCGACAUCAAGGGCCAGAACGUCCUCCUCACGGAUAACGCUGAAGUCAAAUUGGUGGACUUUGGUGUCUCCGCCCAGCUGGAUCGCACGAUAGGCCGGCGCAACACAUUCAUCGGUACUCCCUACUGGAUGGCCCCCGAGGUCAUUGCCUGCGACGAGAAUCCCGACGCCACGUACGACAAUCGCUCCGAUCUGUGGUCGCUGGGCAUCACCGCCCUCGAGAUGGCUGAGUCACAGCCCCCGCUCUGCGAUCUCCAUCCCAUGCGCGCCCUCUUCCUCAUUCCGCGCAACUCGCCGCCGCGGCUCAAAUCGAAGAAGUGGUCCAAGAAGUUCCACGGCUUCAUUGACACGGUGCUAGUCAAGGACUACCACCAGCGGCCUUACACCGAGAACCUGCUGAAGCACGCGUUCAUCAAGGACCAGCCCACAGAUCGCCAGGUGCGCAUCCAGCUGAAGGACCACAUCGACCGCUGCAAGAAGCGCAAGCAGGAGAAGGAGCGCGAGGACUACCGCUACUCGGGCUCCGACAACGACGACGACGAGCCGCAGCUGGCCGGGGAGCACAGCUCCAUUGUCCAGGCCCCUGGCGGCGACACUCUCCGCCGCAACUUCCAGCAGAUCCAGGAGGGCCGCCUGGCCGCCGAGCAGCAGCAGCAGCAGCACCACCUGAUGGCCCAGGCGCAGGCCCAGGCGGCCGCCGCCCACGCCGCCGCCCAGGCGCAGGCCCAGCUCCAGCAGCAGCAGCAGCAGGCCGCGGCGGCGGCGGCGGCGGCCCACGCGGCGCAGCAGGCCCAGCAUGCCCAGCAGGCCGCCCAGCAGCAGGCGCAGGCCCAGCAGCCGCAGGCCAACCGGCAGCCCAAACCGCCAUCGCGCCAGCAGGUUGAGGAGCCGGGUCCGCCGGCACGCCCUCCGCAGCGACUGAUCGUGGUGCCGGAUCCGCCGCACGCCAAUCGGCCAUUGCCUCCGACCCCCAAGUGCGGGGAGCCGGCGGGCCAGACGCCGCAGCAGCAGCAGCGCAACUCGCAGAAUAACUUCAAGCCAUCGUUACCACCAAGGAGACCUGAGCCACAGCCCCAAACAGCCGCCGGUGGCCAGGGAUCCCAGCAGCAGGCGCAGCCGGAGGCGCCGCCGCGCAACAACCGCCAGUCGAGCGGUCUCUCCUCCUCCGGCGGAUCGGCGUCCGGCGGCAUAGCCGGAUCCGGAUCGGGCUCGUCGAAGCCGGCGGCCGCUCUGCCGCAGCAGGCGAACAACCACCUGGGACAGCCGGUGAACCCGCUCGACCCCUUGGACAGCAGCGACUCCGACAGCGAGCCCGACGAGCCCAACGACCGCGCCAGGAACGACGGAACCCUCCUGGCCAGCGAUCCGCCCAAGCCGCUGCCUGGCUUGGGACCCGUUUCGGAGGACGCCAACACGACCACGCCCCUGAGCAGCCAUGGCAGCGGAGGGCCGCCCAACCGGCCACUGCCUCCGACGCCGGACGACGACGACCAGGCAGGAGAUCGCACCCUGAUCAUGAAGCGCAAACUAGAGCAGAACAUAAACCGCCUGCAAAAGUCGGCCUCGACCUCGCAGGCCAACGUGACUCCUUCGCGCCGCGUCGACGAAUCCAACCUGCUGAAGGACUGGGACUUCGAUCGCUUCUUCCCCAGGAACGGAAACGGGAACGGGAGCGGGAGCGGGAACGGUCCGCGGGGCAGUGGCAGGGGAAGCCCCACCACGACGGCCAGUCUGAGCAGGAGCUCCCAGCUGAGCACCUUGAAGGUGGAGACGAAGCUGCAGCGGGCCAGUGUGGCGGAGGCCAUCGCGAGACCCGUUCCCCGUGGCUAUCAGCCGCUGAAGGGCGAGCCGAGUGCCAGCCAAAGUAUUGCCAAAGAACAGGGAUCCUCCAAAUCCGCAUCUGCCUCUGCAUCGGGAUCGAGAUCUGGAUCUGGAUCGGGAAGCAGUAGCUCCAACUCAACGGCGCACAAGCGCCAGGAUUCGGACUCCCGCCUGCCGACGAACUUCGAGCGAGCCUUCCGCCGCGAGAACUCGGACUUCUUCCCGCUGACCAAGCGGCACUCGGCGGUGCUGAGCGGCGGAUCGGUGGCCAUCUCCCCGGCGUUCGCCGGCCAGGUGCAGAGAGCGAGUGCCGUGUACCAGAGGAACAGCAUUUACAACAGCAGCAUCGCCAGCAAAGGCAAGGAAUCAGGAGCAGGAGCACCUGCAGCCUCAGCUGGAACCACUGCCAAGCCAGGAGGAGCGGCUGCUGCCCAGUCCACCACCACCACCAACACCACUGCCGCCCCGAAAGGAGCUGCUCCGAAGGCUUCCAAGUCCCUGGCCAACUUCAACUUCCUGCGACCGCGUCGCGAAAAGACUGAAUCCGUCAUUGUGCUGCAGAAUGCGGCGGUCCGCGCCCAGAGGCAGCAGCAACUGCAACUGCAACAGCAGCAGCAGCAGCAACAGCAGCAGCAGCAACAGCAACUGCAGCAGCAGCAGAACCGAGGAGGCGGCGGCGGAGGAGGCGGCGGGAGCAGCGGCGGAGGCGCCGAUGGCACCGGACUGGGAACUCCGGGGACGAGGACCAGCAGUGUCCUGCCGGACCUGCUCAGCCAGGCGUCGCCGGCAACGCCACCACGCCAUGAUAAAUCAUCCAGUGAGGAGUAUCAAGCGGCCAUCAGCUCAUCCGUGCAUUCCACGCCAUCGAAAUCGUUUAUCGCCAGCGGCGGAAGCGGCGGCGGCGGAGGCGGACUCGGUUUGGGGGGCGGUACCGUUGUGGGCGGGGUGGUUAUCAGCAGCAACCACUCGCCGCAGUCGACGAUAUCGCUCGCCUCCUCGUCCUCGAACUCGCGCCAGAAUUCGCCGAAGAAUUCGAUCAGCAAGACGCGCUCCUCCAGCAGUAUUACUAAUCUCUUGCACAAAUCUGCUUCUUCCUCCUCUGCGAACCUGCACCACCUGACGCCCUGCUCGUCGACGUCCUCGGCCUCGAUCUCCAACCCGCUGCCCCCGCACGCGUACGCCCUGCAACAGAAGCAGCGCAGCUUCCUGACCUUCGGCUUCGGGGCCGGCGGCUCUGGUCCCUCGCGCCGGGAGUCGCACGUGAACGUCAACGUGACGCCCACCUCCCACGAGGCGGCCAACGACACGCCCGAGAUCCGUAAGUAUAAGAAGCGCUUCAACUCGGAGAUCCUCUGCGCGGCGCUCUGGGGCGUCAACCUGCUCAUCGGCACGGAGAACGGCCUGAUGCUACUGGACCGAUCUGGCCAGGGCAAGGUCUACCAGCUCAUCUCGCGACGCCGCUUCCAGCAAAUGGAGGUGCUAGAGGGUCAGAACAUAUUGGUCACCAUAUCCGGCAAGAAGAACCGCGUGCGCGUCUACUACUUGUCCUGGCUCAAGUCCAAGAUCUUACGCACCGAUGGGCUCUCCGAUCAAGUGGAGCGUCGGAACGGUUGGAUUAACGUGGGUGAUCUACAAGGUGCUGUACAUUUUAAGAUUGUCAAAUACGAGAGGAUUAAGUUCCUAGUGAUUGCAUUAAAAGACUCUAUUGAAAUUUAUGCAUGGGCUCCCAAACCAUAUCACAAAUUUAUGGCAUUUAAGAAUUUUGGUGAACUGGAACAUCGCCCGCUUUUGGUCGAUCUCACCAUUGAGGAUCAGUCCAGACUGAAGGUGAUCUAUGGCUCCGCCGAGGGAUUCCAUGCGGUUGAUCUGGAUUCAGCUGAAGUAUACGACAUAUUUCUUCCCAAGCAUACUCAGGGUGCAAUCAUUCCGCAUUGUAUUGUGGCGCUUCCGAACUCAAAUGGGAUGCAACUGCUGCUGUGCUACGACAACGAGGGCGUCUACGUGAACACUGUGGGCCGCGUUUCCAAGAACAUUGUGCUGCAGUGGGGCGAGAUGCCCACCUCGGUGGCCUACAUUGGCACAGGACAAAUCAUGGGCUGGGGCAAUAAAGCAAUAGAGAUACGUUCCGUUGAGAGCGGCCAUUUGGAUGGUGUGUUCAUGCACAAAAAGGCGCAGCGCUUGAAAUUCCUUUGCGAGCGCAACGACAAAGUAUUCUUCAGCAGUGCCAAAGGUGCUUCAUCGUGUCAAAUCUACUUUAUGACGCUCAACAAGCCGGGCAUGGCCAAUUGGUAAUCCGAUUCGAAGAUCCUCGAUCGACGCCCCAGCGAUCGAUUUGCUCAACCGGCAAUGAAAGCAAAACAACAACAACCCAUAAACAUUUUCUUCUUAUUUUACCACACAAGCAAAACGAAAAAGAAAGUAUCUAAAGCGAACACAUAAAAGAUAAUUAGCUGAUUUAAGUGAUGAAGAGUGCAUAACGAUUAAGUGAGAUAUCCUAAACCGACACACAACACACCACAACAACAACAACAACAGCAACAACAACAAGAACACUGAAGAACACACCAACAAACAAGAAAAACCCAUGAUCAUGAAAUUGUGCUUAUGAAAUUCACCACGACAACGUUUCAAUUAGUAAAUGUGCUAAGGAGAACUCGAUCAACGCGAGCCUAUAUAUAUAUAAAUAAUCUACUUAAUAUUUAGAGACGAACAUUUCAAGCUCACUCGUCGAGGUUUUUUGUCAGAUCUGGUCAGAAAACAGAAAGCAGCCGCAAUUAAGCAAUUCGUAUCCUCCAUCCUUUCGAUGUAUGUAUAUUGACGUUACAUAACCGAACACCAGCACCGAUUUGGAUUCGGAUUCAGAUUCAGAUUCAUUUGAAAUGUCGGUUCACGAUUGUGUUUGAUUUCGCUUACAAGUUAAACUUAAGUUGAAAACCAGCAGCGCAGCAACGCCACAAAAAUGUAUCGAAUUUUCUACACAAAGCAGAAGAACGUCGUAUCUAUAUACGAUAAAUAUAUAUAGAAGAAGAUAUA